UCUCCUCGUACUCCAGUUUCUUACGUCGUCGCGAUAAAAACUCCGAAAGCUUUUUUCUCUCGCGACACCCUCAUCUCUUGCUCGCGUCUUCGCCAACGGUGGGGUUUACGCCGCGGAGGCUGUGUGAUUUCUUCGGAACGUGCCAAGAAUAUAUAUGAAUGUCAAUCAUAGUCCGCUCGAAAAGUCUUGGAACGGCGCCAACGAGAGUUUCUGCGUGUAAGAGGGCGCUUUGAUACAAAAUACAACAUGGAAGUUUACCGUGUGCCCUCCUGUUGUAAAUAUUUGUGCAAAACAGUCCGAAGCGACGUAAAAAAAGAUUGCAAAUAGUCGUACGCGGCUUAACUAGUUAGUUAGACGACUUGUGUGUCGCUUCUUUCGAAAAAAAAAGACUCUCUCGCGAUGUCCGACGAGUCCGAGUACGAGGUGGAGGAGUUCGAUAUUUACAAGAGAAAGUAUCAAUUGCUGUUAGAGAGAUGCGAAAUCUUGCAGCAGGAAAAUGAGAGAUUGGUGUAUAGAAUCCAGAAAGUCAGAAAGCUCCUACGACGUACGCGGAAAGAAAAAAAAUUUUUGAUUGAUCGGUUGGAUCAGCAUGGCGAUUGUUGGCGGGAGGCGCCGAUGGGUGUGCUUGAGGAGAAUAGUGUGUUUCAAGCGACACCGAAAUCAGAGAAGGGAGCGAAGGGCGCUUCUCAGAAUGCCAAAGAGGAGAAACCCAAGAAAGGAACGAAGAGAAAAGGCGCGAAAGCGGAUCCGAACGCGCCAAAGAGACCGGCCAAUCCUUUCUUCCAAUUUUGUCAAGAGCAAAGGCCCCGUGUGAUGGAGCGCCUGGCCGGAGAGCCGGAACCUAGCAAGCAAGAGCUCACCAGGCAACUUGCCACCACCUGGAAGUCCCUCAGCGACGAAGACAAGAAGGUUUAUUACGAUAUGUACGAGAGAUCUAAAGAAAAGUACGUCGCUGAAAUGGAAAUAUACAAUAAAAAGACAGAAGAUACACCGUGUCAACUGUCAUUAAAUAUAACGUAAUACACUACAAAUUAGAUAUCUUAUUUUAUAGUAAAAUAAAUGAUUGAUCGUCAUGUUUGUAUAUAUUAUAGCGACAGUUGUAUGUGUAUACAUGCGUGGAGUUUUAGGAUACUACGUCAGAUUUUUUGUAUAUAUAUAUACACAUAUAUAUAUAUACACACACAUAUACUCAUUAGUUUUAAUGUUUGAUACCCAGUACAAACUACAAUUACAAAUAAGAGUUCGUAAAACAUUAGACAAAAUACGCUGAAAAUAAUAUAAAUUCAAAUUAUUUAUUUUAACACAACAAUAUUAUUGUAUUUGCGUAUAACAAAAUUACAAUAAUUAUCUGGUCACCUCACAUCUUUUA